GCCUCUCCGUCCUUUCGGUCCCCGCGGCGGCAGCAGCGCUGAGCCAGCGGCGUCUACCCUGCGGCUUUACGCGCUUCCACUCCGUUCUGCGCCCUCUGCGCCGCCCGCUGCGCCACCAUGACGGAACAGGCCAUCUCUUUUGCUAAGGACUUCCUGGCCGGAGGCAUCGCCGCCGCCAUCUCCAAGACCGCUGUGGCCCCGAUCGAGCGUGUCAAGCUGCUGCUGCAGGUUCAACAUGCCAGCAAGCAGAUCGCGGCCGACAAGCAGUACAAGGGCAUCGUGGACUGCAUCGUGCGAAUUCCCAAGGAGCAGGGCAUGCUGUCCUUCUGGCGGGGCAACCUGGCCAACGUCAUCCGCUACUUCCCCACCCAAGCCCUCAACUUCGCCUUCAAGGAUAAGUACAAGCAGAUCUUCCUGGGAGGCGUGGACAAGCACACGCAGUUUUGGAGGUAUUUCGCCGGCAACCUGGCCUCGGGCGGUGCCGCGGGAGCCACGUCUCUCUGCUUCGUGUACCCCCUGGAUUUUGCCAGAACCCGUCUGGCGGCCGACGUGGGGAAAACCGGCACCGAGCGGGAGUUCAAAGGCCUCGGCGACUGCCUGGUGAAGAUCAGCAAAUCGGAUGGCAUCCGGGGGCUGUACCAGGGCUUUAACGUCUCGGUGCAGGGCAUCAUCAUCUACCGGGCCGCCUACUUCGGCAUCUACGAUACAGCCAAAGGCAUGCUCCCUGACCCCAAGAACACCCACAUCGUGGUCAGCUGGAUGAUCGCGCAGAGUGUGACGGCCGUGGCGGGCGUGGUCUCCUACCCCUUCGACACCGUGCGGAGGCGGAUGAUGAUGCAGUCCGGGCGCAAAGGAGCCGACAUCAUGUACAAGGGCACGGUGGACUGCUGGCGGAAGAUCCUGAAGGACGAGGGCGGCAAGGCCUUCUUCAAGGGCGCCUGGUCCAACGUGCUGAGGGGCAUGGGCGGCGCCUUCGUGCUGGUGCUGUAUGACGAGCUGAAGAAGGUCAUCUAGCGCGGCCCGCACGGGCACGCGGGCACCCGGGGACCAGGAGGAGCCACGCGCAACCCCUCCCUGUUCAGGGACCACUGACCUUCAGAACAUCCACCGCCCCCCCGCCCCGCCCAGCCGGGGCCCCCGCGCAGCGCCCGGGCAGGGGCUCGGGGGCAGCUCCCUGGGACCACGAGCACUGGCACACCCUGAUUCCAUGCAUUGGCGGGGAGGGGGAGGGGACCCCGGCGUCCUGGGCGCGGGGGCGGCGGUGCCGCCGCCGCUGCACCACGCAGGCGGAGAGCCGGGGCGCGCGUGCUGCGCCCGGGGACCGGGCUGGGCUUAGUUUUAUUUAAAGGAAAUCAUGUCGCCCAUUUGUACCUAAGCACUCUCGUUUUUGUUUUUUUUUUUUGCACAGCCGAGCAUCUGCGAUGACGUUCUAUGUUGGGCAUUGCUGCAAACGAUUAAAACCAGACAACAGAACUAA